CGUAGUCGUGCGGCCACCGGGUGACUGCCGGCGCCGCCCUAAGCCAGGUGCCGUCUUCGUUGGGUCCCUCGGUUGCGACGAGCACCCACCAGUAAUGCUGUUGGCAAGCUCAACAAGACGCUAUGAGCAAUUUCCUUUAGCACGAAACAAUGGACUUCCAAGAUUUUCAAGAGUAAAAAUGUCAUGCUUGGGAACAAACCAAAGUAACCAUCAUUCUGAUACCGUCAGAUCUUCAUCCCCUAGUUGUGGAGAUACCAGAAAGAUCCACCCUGUAGUCAAAAUGUGUGGCAUCACAUCAGCUAGAGAUGCAGAAAUGGCUGUAAAAGCAGGAGCUGAGCUUAUAGGCAUGAUACUAUGGCCCAACUCUAAACGCUCUGUCUCGUUAUUGGAGGCAAAAGAAAUAUCAAGAGUUGCGCAAUCUUAUGGCGCUGAAUCAGUUGGUGUCUUUGUGGAUGAUAAUGAAGAGAGAAUUCUACGGGUGUCUGAUUCAUGUGACCUUAACUUUGUCCAGCUUCAUGGUGAUGAAUCUCGUGCAUUGGUUCAUACUCUUUCAAAGAAUAAUCGUAUCAUUUAUGUACUAAAUGCUGAUGACGAUGGAAAACUAAUCAACAUUCCUGAUAUUGAAUACGAACUUGAUUGGUACUUAGUGGACAGUGCAAAGGGCGGAAGUGGAAAGGGAUUCAACUGGCAGAAGUUCCAGAUGCCAUCUGUCAAAAGCAAGAAUGGAUGGCUAUUAGCUGGAGGGCUUCAUGCAGAUAAUGUUUGUGAAGCCUUUUCUGCUCUGAAACCAGAUGGUGUUGAUGUUAGCAGCGGCAUAUGUGGUCGAGAUGGUAUCCGAAAAGAUGCAGACAGGAUUAAUUCCUUCAUAAGUAAUGUGAAAUCCCUAAAUUUCCUAUCGUAAGGUCAUUUGCUUGUCGAGAGCUUAGUUUUUUUUUCAUUUGCUCACGUGUGGAAUCCCUGAAUUGCUGCAACCUGAAGGCAAGCUGUCAAAAUUGCUCUUGGGGCUGAGGGCAAAAGAGUGAUUGAAUUUUUGAAGUGUGAACAUAUGUAUCCGGUUUAUUGUGGAGUGUGGCAAACUCGUUACUGCAACCUGAUGGCAAGAUGUUCAAAUUGCGCUUGAGAAUAGGGAUUACAUUUUUGAAUGUGAGUAUUGUGUUUGUUUCUAGUGCAAUAAGUGUGUUUUGUAUGCAUAUCCAGUUCAAAUGCAAAAAUAAAAACACAUUGUACCGUUGACAAAAUUGCUGCAGUAAAAGCUGGAGAAUUUUUAUU